AUGCCAAAACAAAAUGACUUGGUUAAAGCAAUAACAGAUUUGCAAGUAGAAACNAGUUCAAUUGGAUGGGAGAACUUCUACACUUGCUCAGGAUCAUUUAUAAGAGAUGAAAGUAUUACUGAAAUUACGGGAAUUGAUGGAGAACAUAUGGGCAGCAGAACUAAUUCAAAUGUUACUGCUAUUCGAUUAACCGAUAACUGGUUGACUGAAGUACCAUCUGGCUUUGACAACUUUUUCUCAAACAUAGAAUUCCUCUAUAUGAUAAACACCCAACUAGUGACUGUCAAUUCGAAUCAAAUACAACAAUUUCCUAAUUUGGAGUAUUUGUGGUUAGAAAACAAUCAAAUCGAGAACAUUGAAGUGUAUGCAUUCUCUCUCACGCCAUUAUUGCGUCAUAUUGAUUUGCAAUAUAAUGAUAUUACUUCAAUUCCAUAUAACACUUUUCAACAUUUGCAUUUGGAAGUUUUGAAAAUGAAGGGAAAUGUUUGCGUUAACGAAUCAGCAGAAACAUCUCAAAAUGUGAACACGUUGAUUGCCAAUGUAGAAAUUUCAUGUUCACCAUUAGGUCCUUUAAUUGAAGAAAUAUCGAGUGAAUUAUUGAACAAUACUUCUGCAAACCUUGAUACAAUUGGUGCAAACCUUGGUAUAAUUGAUAGCUUCAAUGAAUCUGUGGUAGAGUUGAAAAAUGACAGCGAAAAUCUGAAGAAAAGCUUAACAGAUUUAGAAGAAAUUAUAUCAAAUUUAAAGGUUUUGGAAGAUACUGUUCGAAAUUUUACAAGUGAAAUAACUGGAAAAUAUUCAAAUGCGAACAAAACACUUGCAAUGUUGGAAGAUUUAUUGGACUCAAUAGCAUCAAUUAAAGACCCACAAAAUAGAAAAAGGAGAAGUUAUUAUUGA